UCCCUGUCUCGCUGCUGAAGGGCUUCCCUUUUAUGACAGCCCCCGGGUAUGGUCCUCGCAAAGCUGUUUAUUAGUAGCUUUAAAAAAGGUUUAAGCUACAGCUGUGGAGCAAGGAAGAUAGAGAGCAAAUAGUCUGACAGACUCUACAUAAGCAAAUUGCCAAUAAAUUAUGCUUUCUUCUGAGAGGGCGGAGGAAGAACAAACGCAAGAGAGACGGAGAGAGAGAAGUUAUGUGUUAAGAGUGCGCCGAUGAAAAAAGGGAAAGGAAGCGAGAAUGUGAAUCGCAAACCCGGCCACAGGAAGGUGCACGUUGUCAUUACAGUGCUUUGACGGGUUUAAAACGAAUUUUUGGAUUUGCUUUAUUUACUUAACGCUGCUGAUGUUUCCUUUGGUACUGGAGAGGCUGAUGCGGACGUAGCGUCUUCUAACCCCUAUCAACUGCGCUGGAUUGCAACCCACAUCUGCGUUUCGAAAAACCGGAAUUUAAAAACACUUUCCAGUGCCUAAUAAAGGAAAACGAGGUUUCAGCACCUUGGAGAGUAUCUUGUUGGACAGGACCCUAUGCCGACGGCAAAAUCCAGAGGGGAGUGAGACAAAAACAGGGAAAAAGGACUAGGAUCGGGGCUGGAAGAACAGGGGGGCAUGUCCAAGAAAGGAAGCACACAGAAAUAAGAUCGUGACGACUGGAUAUAUUUCAAUCCUCUGCAGGUCAUGGUCAAUCAUCCAAGUAACCAACCAAUGUGAAUCCUGCUGAGUUGAGAAGGACAUUACCACUGAUGAUGUCACAACCAAUCAACAGAGAUGAUUAUCAUACUUUAAAAGUACGGAGCUCCUUCUAACCAACAGUGAUGAUGCAAACCACAAAGUGAUCAGCAUGCAGACACAGUGACGAGUUCCUGAUUUAAAUAUGAGAUUGCACUUCGAAGUGGAGUAAACCGAGCCAAGCAGCACUGGAAAAAGGAUGCAUUUUCACGGAUGACAUGUUCAGAGGGGAGAUGGCAAGAAGAUGGAGAUCUGUGCUGUCAUGUCUCCAGGGUCUUCAUGAUAAAUGGCCUUUAGCUUUCCACUUGCAGCUCCGUUAUUCCCAGUUUGAUUUAUUAGAUCCCCUGCAUUAGCCUGGCUGUUUGCCACUCUCAUCUUCCUAAUCACCAUAUCAGGAUAUCUCCAGCCAUUUCCUCUGCAUUCAAUUAAAAUCUUUCUAAGCAGUGAUCAUUGCAAACAUUAUAUAAAUUAGCAGUCUAUUUUACGGAACUUACAACUACUGCCUGCAUUGGCCAACUUAUGUACAUAUUUUUGAAUGAUAACAGCUUUUCAAAUAGUUUUUUUGAGAAACCAAGCUGGUUUGAAAGUAAAAGCCAAAAUUAUGCUAUGAUAACAUUUUAAGAGUCUGUAAAAGGGUGACUUUAGCUUUUAAGACUAAGAGGGUUCAUGGAAUUGCAAUGAAUGAGAUUUUCUUCAACAUCAUUGUUCAAACUAUUCUUAGGAGAAUCAUCUGCUAUGAUUGCCAAAAACUUAACUUUUGCAUUUUUUUCAGCCUGUAAGCACAUGCAUAUAUUUUUACUUUGUAUGUGGACUCUCAAUAAUGAAAUUCUUCAAUUGCUUUGUGUAUAGAGUAAGGCAUUUCAUGAUACAUGAAGUUAUCUCAUCUGUGUAGGCAAUCUGGAAGUAUCAAUGGCAAAAACACUGUCUUUCUCACCUCAUAAAUCUGUGCAUUAAAAAACACACCUAUCCAUUAAAGUACAAAAGGAAAAAACAACCAGAACUAUUGAAAGGGAACAUCACCAUGGUGUUGCCACCUCCAGACAAACGUCAUGUGUGUCUCACAACAAUUGUCAUCAUGACCAGCAUGGCCUUCAUGGAUGCCUACCUUGUGGAGCAGAACCAGGGACCCCGAAAGAUAGGGGUGUGUAUAAUUGUUCUGGUGGGAGACAUUUGCUUCCUUAUUGUACUGCGAUAUGUGGCUGUGUGGGUUGGAGCAGAGGUGAAGACAGCUAAGAGAGGAUAUGCCAUGAUUCUUUGGUUCCUUUAUAUCUUUGUCCUGGAAAUCAAACUGUACUUUAUCUUUCAGAACUACAAAGCAGACAAACGAAAUUUGGAAACGGUUGCCCGCAAAGCUUUGACACUUUUGCUUUCAAUAUGUGUGCCUGGGCUUUACCUAAUUCUGGUGGCUCUAGACAGCAUGGAGUAUGUAAGAACUUUCAGGAAGAAGGAGGAUCUGCGAGGGCGUCUCUUUUGGGUGGCGUUAGACCUCCUGGACAUCUUAGACAUUCAGGCCAACUUGUGGGAGCCACACAAGACAGGGCUCCCCAUCUGGGCUGAGGGACUAAUGUUUUUCUACUGCUACAUCCUCCUUCUCAUUCUGCCCUGUGUGUCACUCAGUGAAAUCAGCAUGCAAGGAGAGCACAUCUCUCCACAGAAAAUGAUGCUGUAUCCAGUCCUCAGCUUAGUAACCAUUAACAUUGUCACUAUCUUCAUUCGGGCCAUUAACAUGGUGCUGUUCCAGGACAGCCGUGUCUCCACCAUCUUUAUUGGCAAGAAUAUUGUGGCCAUAGCAACUAAGGCCUGCACUUUCCUGGAGUACAAAAGGCAGGUGAAGGAGUUCCCCCAGAAUGCUAUCGCUCUGGAACUGCAGCAGAACUCCAUUUCUCACAACCAGACACUGCCCAACACAACAGCCAUGCCCCAUGAACAGUCACCUACCCGCGAGAUUGUUGACACAUGACAACAGCAGUACAUGUAGUUCAGUACACCAACAAUGGUGGUAUUUUGAGUUUCUUCAAGAUAAUCUCCUAAAAGGUAUCAAUAAUAAAAGAAAAACAUUAUCCAAGCCUUUCAACCUUAUCCCCUCAACUGCAGACAGGCAACACAGAGAGGACACCAGAGUGACUGGACUUAAGAAAAUGAACCCCUGCAAAUUGAUGUCACUCUGAGAGAUAUCACUAUUGCAUCUCAGGAAGACUACAACAAUGUUGCAUUGACUACUCCUUGAGGGAAGUAUUUCUGAACUACUGUUUUUGUUCUUCUUGUGUUCUGAGCACCAAACAGAGCCUGGUAUUAAAAAAGACACUGUUACCUUGGUUUUAGCAAGCCACAGACAGUUUGAUUAAACUUAUUUUUUAUGUUUCAUGGGGAAAUUAACUUUUUUACAUACAAAAAAGGAAAAAAAAUACAGAUUUUUUUAAUCUAGCAAUUUCUCUCUUUAUUUGGUAGUACAGUUAACAGUGUAUCUUUCACUUCCCUUGGGUUGUGUCUGUAUUAAGCUAUACCAGUGCAGCAGGGCCAGGAGGCUUGAGAAAAAAAAUAAAAUUAUCUAUGUUUAUAGACUCCCUGGAUUUUCUUGUUAUGGGAGGUGGGAACCAUUGUCCUGGUGUAGCUCCAUUGAGUAUAAUGUUUAAUGACCAAAUGUUUAAUUUAAUCUGAUGUUUCCCAAAGCUCAAUUCAAUCUUGCUUUAUGUGAAAAGUGUGGUCAGAACAAUCCUUCAAAUUUGUGCCCUAGCUCCUGCGUGUAUUUUGUAUGUGUGUAAGCAUAUAUAUAUUUGUGUGUACUGUAUAUAUAUAUGUAUAAACAGUACACACAGAGCCAUGUAAGGAUUAAUUAAUAUAUUUUCUAAGAUUGCAGUCAUAACAUUUAUGGUAAAAAAAGUUAUUAAUCCACCUGACUGGCAGAUAUACCAAUUCUUAUUCAGAUUGUUGUGGUUCUGAUUUUUUUCAGUGGGGAGGUAUUUCAAUGCUCUGUUUUAAUAAAUUACAUGAAAAAUG